AAAUGUCAUCAGCUGAAAAUUCAAGAUAUUAUCGUAAUAUUUAUCCAGAUUUUUGUGAUGAUAAUGCUAAAAAUAUAAUUAACAUUACUGAAAAUAAAAUUGAUGAAAAAUUUAAAGAAAAAUUAUGUAAAAAAAUUGAUGAUUAUUUAUUAAUAAUCGAAAAAAAUUCAAAAGAAUGGAAUCAUCGAAAUGAUAAUUCAAUUUAUACUGGAAAUAUUGGAGUUAUUUUUUUAUAUUAUUUUCUUGGAACGAAAUUAAAUAGACAAGAAUUAAUAGAUAAAGCUGAAAAUUUAUUGAAAAAAAUACCAAAAGAAAAUGAUUCAAUGAAAAAAUAUAUUUCUUUUCUAAUUGGGAUUCCUGGUGUAUACAUAACAACAGCACUCAUUCAAAAAGCUACCAAUCAAGAUGAAAUAAAAAUUAAAACAACUAUUGAAAAAUUGAAUGAAUUAUUAAAUCAUACAAUUUCACAAAAUGUUGAUGAGUUACUUUACGGUAAAUCUGGCUAUCUUUAUUCACUUCUUUAUACAAAAAAAAAUAUAUCAAAUGAUUUAAUUAAAGAUAAAGAUAUCAAAGCAUUGAUUAACAAAUUGUUAAUUAAUGGAAAAAAAUAUUCAAGUGAUAAUAAUUUCGAAGCACCAUUGAUGUACAGUUGGCAUGAUAAAGAAUACCUAGGUGGUGCACAUGGUCUUGCUGGAAUAUUAUUUAUUCUAUUACAAGCACGUGAAUAUUUGAAUGAAGAUGAUUUAAAAAAUUAUAUUGAACCAACAAUUCGUUAUUUAAUUAAAACGAGAUUUCCCUCUGGUAAUUUUCCAUCGUCAGUUGAUAAUGAUAGAGAUAGACUUGUUCAUUGGUGUCAUGGAGCUCCUUCAAUGACUAUGCUCUUCACAACUGCUCACCAGGUUUUUGGAAAAGAUGAAUACUUGAAUAUUGCCAAAGAAUGUGGUGAUGUUAUUUGGAAACGUGGAUUAUUAAAAAAAGGCUGUGGUUUAUGUCAUGGAGUUGCUGGUAAUGCAUAUUCAUUUUUAUGUCUCUACAAUUAUACAAAGGAAUUAAAGUAUCUUUAUUAUGCAUGUAAAUUUGCUGAAUGGUGUUUCGAUUAUGAAUUUCAUCAAGAACGUAUUCCAGAUCGACCAUAUUCACUUUUUGAAGGUCUUGCUGGUGUAAUCUAUUUUUUGGCUGAUCUGUUGAACCCAACAUCAGCAAAAUUUCCUGGAUACGAGCUUUAAAAAUACAUACAUUAAAAAUCAUCAUUUCUUUUA